CGGGAGAGAGCUAACACGUCGUGUCAUUUAGUUUGUAGACUACUUCUGUAAUCGCUACCACGACUCAAAAGCACUUGUGAUGUACAAACUGUGCACUAUCUGUCAAAGUAACAUUAACUUCCAUAUUAAAUUCUUUAAACAAAUCAUAAUGCAUGAGACAACUGAUGGUAAUUAAUUAGCUCCAUUACGAAAGCGGUUGCGCAUAUUACACCAAUCUAAUCCUGUUGGGUUGAAAAAUGUCCUGUUGACAGUGCAGUGACGAAGAGGCGUGUCGGCACUUGGGACCAAAGUCAAAGACAGAGACUCGGAGAGCGAAGCCCAGUCCGGCCAGCCGCGGCUAAACAGCGACGAGCGCGCUGGGGAUCCGCAAAACAGAUGCAUACUACAUAAACUCCUUCGCUUUUUAUAAGUCUUCACCACAAUCAGAACAGAGGGAAGGAGAGACAGAGAGAGAAGGAGAGACAGAGUGAAAGAUUCUCAGGCACCGGGUCCACUGCCUCUCUGGGCUUAUGCAGACCGGGCGAGGAAGGUCAGCGGGACGCAACCUGAUCAGCACCCGGGAGCUGGAGGGACGUGGCACUGGCGCAUGCACUGGGUCUUAGCAGGGCAUGCAUGGUGCUGCCUUUUUAUUUCCAGGCAGCUGAGGCCCGUGAAGAGAGCGAGCAGGUGUGUGUGAAGAUGUGGCUGCAUCUCGCCCUCCUCUGGAUGUUCUUCUACGCCCCCCGGCUCUGGGGGCUGCCCUUCAAGUCCGACCUGGAGCUGGACGUCACCCCCAGGAUCACCGUGCCCUUCAGCGGGCUGCUGGGAUGCCGGCGCUUUGGUUCCAGUUGGGCGCGUAACUACAGCACGCUGCUGCUGGAGGACAGCGAGGCCGUGCUCUACGUGGGCGCGCGCGAGGUGCUCUACGCCCUGGACGCCCGCAACAUCUCUGCUCCCGGCGGCAACCAGUCUAUCCGCUGGGAGGCUUCAGCUGGACAGAAGCAGCAGUGUGUGAACAAAGGGCGAGACAAUCAGGUGUGUGUGUGUGUGUGUGUGUGUGUGUGUCCUGUGCUUGAAUCCCAGGCUGAGGGGGCGAUAUGUGUGGUUCCAGAGGCCGACUUUGUGGGAUCCGCCAUGCUGCGGGAGAGCAUCAACAGCUCCAUUGGGGAUGAUGACAAGAUCUACUUUUUCUUCACGGAGAGGAGUCAGGAGCAGACGGCCUACUACAGCCAGACCAGAGUGGCCAGGGUGGCUCGCGUGUGUAAGGGGGACUGGGGGGGCCAGCGCACCCUGCAGAAGAAGUGGACCUCCUUCCUGAAGGCUCGGCUGCUGUGCUCCAUCCCCGACUACGAGUUCCACCUCAAUGUGCUGCGUGACGUCUUCGUCAUGGAGGCCCCAGGACAGGCCUCCCAGGACAGCAUCUUCUACGGCAUCUUCGGCCUGGAGUGGAAAAAUGUGAAAACGUCUGCAGUGUGCCGCUAUUCCAUCAAGGAAGUGCAGAACGCCUUCGACGGGCCCUACAUGGAGAAUGAGGACUCCAAGUGGACGGAAUACAGAGGGAAUGUUCCGGAACCACGACCCGGCUCGUGCAUCACGGAUGCAUUCAGGGCGAAGGGCAUCAACUCCUCGCGCGACCUUCCGGACGACGUGCUUAACUUCGUACGCAGACACCCGCUGGUGUCCCAGCACAUCCGCCCCAUGGAAAAUCGCCCCCUGCUGGUCAAGAGGAGGGUCAGCUACACCCAGAUUGCUGUGCUCAGGGUGGCCGCGCUGGACGGUCAACAGUACGAUCUGCUUUUCAUCGGGACAGAUGAUGGCUGGUUGCACAGGGCCGUAGAGGUCAGAGGUCAGGUGCACAUCACUGAGGAGCUGCAGCUCUUUCAGAAGCCCCAGCCGGUCGAGAAGAUCGUGAUCUCACAGGCACAGAGGAGCGUCUACGUGGGCUCCCCCUCCGCUGUCCUCCAGCUGCCCCUCUCCACGUGCGGACGCUACUCCUCCUGCUAUGACUGUGUUUUCGCUCGGGACCCCCUGUGUGCUUGGGAUGGGGCCGCCUGCGUAGAGGUGCAGUCCCGUGCAGACAGGUCCAGCCUUGUCCAGGACGUCACUGAAGGGAACCGGGGCUGUGGAAACCCCAAGGAGGAUGACUCCACAAUCCGCCGCAAGCGCUCCGUCAUGUCCGGCGACGAUGUGCUCCUGCAGUGCGAGCUGCGCUCCAACCUGGCGACGCCGCAGUGGACGAUGGACGGCCGCGAGCUGCAGGGCUACGGGCUGGACUCGGGCUACCGGGUUGGGACUGACGGGCUGCUGUUGAUUGGUGCCCGACCCGAGCAGAGCGGUCGCUACAUCUGCCUGGCCGCAGAGAACGGGCUGCGCAUCCCGGUGGCCAUCUACGCCGUGUGGGUCCGGCCGGGCCCAGGAGAGCCCACAUCCCUGCCAGACCCACCCACCGAACAGCCACUGCCCUCGCCGCCCGCACCGCUGCCACAGACCUUCCGGAACAUGGAGACACUCUAUAUCUCGCUGGUGGCCAUCCUGGGCGGCCUGUGCCUCGUGCUGACCACCGUGCUCCUCUAUGUGUCCUUCUGCGCCGUGGCGGGUCCACACAGGGGCAAGCGGCUGAGUCACCAGCAGGGCGGCGCCGAGCGCAAGCGCAGCUCCCACCUGGAGCUCAAGACCAUCUCCAGCCGCUGCAACGGCAAGUGGGAGGAGGCUGAGGACAGCGGGGCCGAGGGCAGCACCGGCGGUGGCUUCCUGCAGAUCGUCCCCGGCGAGGGUCAGCUAUCUCCUGGUAAGGAGCCGCCCCUCCCCGAGGCUCCGCCCCUGCCGGCACCUCCGCCCCUGCCGGCCUCGGAAUACGCCAACGGGCUGUCAGCGACGCUGCCCAGCGUCCUGCGCAAGAUGAACGGGAACAGCUAUAUGCUCCUGAGGCAGGCCGACCCUGAGAGCACGUCGCCGCUCUACCACUCCUUCACCGAGGAGCUGAACCGUAUCCUGGAAAAGAGGAAGCACACCCAGCUGGUGACCAGCCAGCCGGACGAGAGUUCUGUGUAGCGCCCCUUAGUUGUGGGGUGGACUAACUGCUCCCUUUUUUAAGCCGUUGGCCACCUGGCGAAUAGGGUGGUACUAGAUGGCUGACACACCCAGAGCUUUUUGCAGCUUUCCGCCAUCUUGUUGACCCAUGCAACACACACACACACACACACACACACACACACAAUGGCGCUAAAAUAAUACAUAAAAAUGCUCCGACAUUUAUCCUGCAAACACAAAUCUACCUCAGCAGACCCCAGGCGGGGGCACAUUGACUCACAGACGCCCCCCCAAAGUCCCAGGAUCCUUUGCAGCAGAGCUUGACCCUUUGACACUGAAGGAGCCACACAGGUGUCUGACGGUGCCAGAAAUGUUACCUGUCAUGAUUCUCUGUCCUGCCCCCAUGGAACUUUCAUGUAAAUAAUGGCGGGACGGAGAGCAAGGCCGAUGGGACGGGCCGGUCAGGGUGCAAGUGGAAGUCUCCGGAUGUCAGUAUUAGCCUUCUAUGAGGGCCUCGUCGGAGCCCUGUGAGGGAGACCACCUUCACAAUAUGGGCAGAACUGUGUGUGGGGGGGGGGCGUUGCCAGGACUUGAUUGGCAUACGGCUGUGGGAUUCAUAGAUCGGACAAGCAGGGAGGGUGGGGGCGAGUGAUGCCUGUGAUGGAGCUGGUCCCACCGGGUCCAGCUGGGUCCAAAGCAGCCAGUUGGUGUAUCUCUAUGGGAGCUACAGGCCCAGGGCAGGAAGUGUCAAGGAGGAGAGACAAGGGGGGGGGGGGCAUCAGCAGGCUCUGAGGUGUGUCAUCCGGACAGAACCUGCGUGCACCGGACAGGAAUGGGCUGGAUAGGUUGCCAUGGCAACGAAGACCAGCGAUAUGGAGAAGCUGGUCUGAAGCGUGAGCAAAGUCCGCACAGGUCCGGACCCACCUCCCGCUGCGUGGAACAUAUCGCUUGUCGUUAGACGUUGCUGCUUCUGGGCUGGACUCAGAGCAAGUGACCGCUCCGGGGGGAAACUUCCAGAAAUGCGACUCCCCCCCCACCCCCCCAAAACGCCCACGUUUAGUCAUGUGGAAAAGGCCACACCUGUAUGAACGUUCUGGGAGGAUCGCAUUCCCUUGUCACCUUAUUCCUGCAAUAAUCACAACUGCCACAUUUUUGAGGAAUGCAAACUGUCAACAUCAUAAGAACCACGUAGAACUUUGCCGCGAAAUUUGCACUAUUAGUCUGCCGUAAGGACUGGCUUAGGCUCUUCUGUUGCAGAACACUGUUCUCCUCGCUUUUCAUUUUCUCCGGUUCCACCGUCAGGUACCAUAUUUUACAUGUGACGGUGGCUUGAAGCAGAACAAUAGCGUGAGAUUUCCUAGCAAGACUGCUGCAGUGACGACUGUGGUCUUCAAAGGGCAUGAAGUGCGGCGUUGCAUGAAACCCCGGGGAAAAAGCUUGGUUGGACAAACUGAAUCAACCAGCUGCAUUCUGGGAAGGGGAUCUAAGCAGUCUGGCUAAACGUUUUUUCCACUGGGUUCCAUCCAUGCUGUGUUGGUUCUUGACUAAUCCCAAUGUAAACAAGGCAUUCCAUAGACCCCCAGCCCCCUGCCUACUGGUUCAUCCCUGUUUCAUAACAGAAUACCCUUCCGCUUGGCUGUUUCAACUCCACACCAUUUUCACAGCAGUAUCAGAGCCCCUCCCCCUCCCCUGAUUGGCUGACUUGACAAGGCCCAUAUUCCAUAGGGCACUUUGUCAGGGCUACCCAUCAUGCCUUUGGGUCUCGCCAGGGUAGUGUCGUAAGAGUGACCCUUCGCGCUCUAUUUGCACACAUGGGCCGUGCAGUGGACGUGACGCAGCGUGUUUGUUUAGGAAACGCCUUCAUGCGCAGAGGUUCUACUGGCAGAACUCCACACCUGAAAGUUUACCGAAGCGAGUCAUGCUGACCGUGUCUGGCGGUGACAGGUAACGCCCUUAAUCCCGCGGAUGUCAAGAAGUGGCGGGAAGGAAUCGAGGGACCAAAGCAGAGGAAUGACAGCGCCGUGUGUUUCGUGUGAGCAGAUAAUCCCAGAUAUUUACGUCCAGCUAAACAUCCUGAUUGAAUACAUGACGAAGCCUUAGUGCAGUGACUGUUGUGGCAUGGUCCCAGGUGGGGGUGGGGGGUCCGCAGGCCAGAUCAGCAGGAGGCCACACACGUCAUGCUAAGCUAUGUUUCUGGGUCUUUCACGCACGAUCUUGAACUCCUCAUGCAAGUUAAAUGAGCACACACCUCACGUGCAGUACACCCAUAGGGGGCGCUGUCUCCACAGGAUGAAUUAUCAGGCAGAUAUGCUACAAAUCAGGUCCUGCAGCUAACAAUAGUGGUUAACUUGGAUUAAAUGCACUGCUUUGUGACUCCUGAAAACACUGCACGGCUUCAGCGGAUCGUCGCCUCCAGGCACAGUACAGAACUGUAUUUACUUUUAUUUUCACUGUAUUAUCGAUUGCGUUUCUUGUUCCGACUUACCUACAAAUUCGACUUAGAGACAGACUUCAGGAGUGGAUCUCGUUUGUAACCUGGGGAUUGCCUGUACUAAAAAAGUUAAUACUGAAACGAUAACCGGACAUGAUACUGAUCUCUGUGACACGAGCCUCCCUUUGAGCAGAGACGGCAUUGCCCAUCCGCGACCCUGCGGGUGACCGGGUCCCUUUUGGCCGUCUCUGUCCCCUCUGCGUUUGGCUCGUCCACAGAGGACAUCGCUCUGUCGGGUCCGGCCGACACGCAGCGUGUAAACGGUCUUGGCGCUGCACCAGCUGCAGGGUCUAUCCUGCCAGUCGCGGUGCCCGUUUGCCGGAGGUCAGGUCCUGCCAGGAUGGGCCGCUCCCCAGCUGGUGUGCUCACCACAGGCGGGUCAGGGUUCUGCUAACGUCACGAUUGUGACAAGACCAGUUGCUGCCCACGUCAGGGUGCUGCAGGAGCCUUUGGAUUUGCACCAGUUCUGAUCCCAAACCUUCAAAAUAAACCCUGGAAAAUGAGGCUGUAAGUUCAGGUGAGAUUAUAAGUGCCUGCCCCCCCCCCACACCACCCCACACCACCCCAGCAUCGUUUUGUGCCAGUACCUCUCCAACACCACGCCAUCGCUCUUGUCAGUUGGUCUCCCAGUUGGUCUCUCAGUUGGUGUGGCACGAGGUCGAGGCGUUUGAGGACGAGGCAUACAGCAGAAGAUGGAGGGGAUUGGAGUCACAUGUGACGACAGUAUUAUUUACACCUUUGAUCUUUCUAGUAACUUCUUUCUCAUUUGGACUAAUUGUCUGCCUAUUUUAUAAACGUCCUGAGGUGUUUCUGCUUCUCCUAACAGGGCCGUGAUGUUCCAAUAUGGCUCCCCUGUGAGGAGAAACAUGUUCUCAAAUGUGUAAAUGUUUUCAAGUAAAAAAAAAAAAAAGAUGAUAAAAAA